UACGACUCGGCUGGCAAAGAGGGCGGACGCAAAAGUACGUUCAGCAAAACAGCGUGGAGAAAUGAAUGUGAUUUUUUGGUAGAAAAAAAGUAUCAUGGCGUACAAUAAAUAGCCUCAGUUAAGCGGAAAAGCAUGCGAUUGAAAUCUCAAAGUAGACUGGGCCCCUAAUUGUUUUAUGAUUCCAGGCCCGGUGCUGUGUGGAGCGCGUUGUCGGAGAUCCAGCUAGGACGUUUGCUAACUUGGCCUUUACAGCAUUGGGCGUGUGCUUCAUCUGUAGUUUAUAAUCAAAGUAUACUGAUUUAUGGCAGAGUUAAUAACUAAAACAUGUCAUUGCUAGAUAAAUGUAUGCGCGAGAAGCACAGUCCUCUUCGAGCGGAAAUAUCGUUACUGGGAUCAAAUUCGUCAACAUCCGGUUAAAUCAGAGCGCGCCGAAUACAAAAUCUUAAGCAUUAAACAUUCAUAAAAAUACAAGUGCCUUACAUCGUUUAAAAUAUGAACUUCUUGUUAAUCCAUCCAUGUUGUCAGAUUUCAAAAAGGAUUUACGGCAAAAGCAUACCAUGUGAUUAUUUUAGGACAGCGCCCCGCUUACAAAAGCAUUAAACAUUUUCCAACCAAGCAGAGGCGUCACUAAAGUCAGAAAUGGCUUUAAAAUAAAUCACUUACCUUUUGAAGAUGUUCUUCUUUUUGCAAUCCCGAGGGUCCCAGCGACAUAACGAAUGGUACUUAUGUUUGAUAAAGUCCUUUAUAUCCCAAUAAAGACAGUUUAGUUGGUGUGCUUGAUUCAGUAAGCCACCUGUUUCUUUUGUUCAAAAUGCAUACAAAUGAAUCCCAAAGGUUACCAAUAAACUUCAUCCAAACAACUCAAACAGCGUUUCUAAUCAAUCAUCAGGUACCCUAAUAUGUAAAUAAACGAUACAAUUUAAGGCAGAAUAUUAUGUUAAUUACCGGAGAUAGAUAAUGAUGUGCACACCCUCACUGACAUGGUGCCAAAAUGGGAGCCACUUAGCUAGAAUUUGUAGUUUUUCUAACUUUUUCAAAAAACAAGCCUGGAACACUUUCUAAAGACUGACAUCUACUGGAGGCCCUAGGAACUGCAAUCUGGAAGACGGAGAGGGCUUAUCAGAAGCAGCCAACCAUCUUCCAGAACAAGAAGCGUGUUCUGGUUGGUGAAGGUGGCAAGGAGGCCAAGGAGAAGCUACCACAAGAGCGUUGGGCUAGGCUUCAAAACCCCAAGAGGCUAUUGAUGGCAUUUACAUUGACAAGAAAUGCCCCUUCACUGGAAAUGUCUCCAUCCGUGGUCGUAUCCUCUCCGGCGUGGUGACCAAAAUGAAGAUGCAGAGGACCAUCGUCAUCAGACGUGACUACCUGCAUUACAUCCGCAAAUACAACCGCUUUGAGAAGAGGCACAAGAACAUGUCGGUCCAUCUCUCACCUGCCUUCAGCCUGACUGCUGCUCACUCUGGCUCCACAACAAACCACCGCCCAGCCCUCUAGAGAUGUCAAUACCUAGCCAGCCUACAAUUAGAGGAUGACGGAGAGGGCUUAUCAGAAGCAGCCAACCAUCUUCCAGAACAAGAAGCGUGUUCUGGUUGGUGAAGGUGGCAAAGAGGCCAAGGAGAAGCUCCCACGCUACCACAAGAGCGUUGGGCUAGGCUUUAAAACUCCAAGAGAGGCUAUUGAUGGCACUUACAUUGACAAGAAAUGCCCCUUCACUGGAAAUGUCUCCAUCCGUGGUCGUAUCCUCUCCGGCGUGGUGACCAAAAUGAAGAUGCAGAGGACCAUCGUCAUCAGACGUGACUACCUGCAUUACAUCCGCAAAUACAACCGCUUUGAGAAGAGGCACAAGAACAUGUCGGUCCAUCUCUCACCUGCCUUCAGAGACGUCUCCGUCGGAGACAUUGUUACCGUCGGAGAGUGCCGACCCCUCAGCAAGACAGUCAGGUUCAACGUCCUCAAGGUCACAAAGGCCGCUGGAGCCAAGAAGCAGUUCCAGAAGUUCUAAUCUAGGAUGUGCAGGAGAUGAGACCAAUUGACAGGAAGGCUUUCUUUCUAGGCUGACCUGCUCUUGUAUCUGAAAUAAAGAAUGUUCUGUAUCUUGUU